CGAGCUCACAACAAUUUGGCGAACCACUAACGUGAACCAAUAUUAAUUGCGGCGAUGCGACACCGCGCUUCCUCCCCCACAGGGAGUGAAUUCGAACUCGACAUCUCCCACGCCCUCGCUGAUGCAGAUUUCCUAGGCUCGGAUUGCGGGAACCCCACUACAGCCGCUUCAAAAUCCGCCAGCAACCUAUCAGAAAUCAAUGACAUUCUUGAGGUAAGCGACGACAGUGAUGGCGAUCAAGCCUUCAUCGCCGCCCAGCAAGCCGCGUCAAACCGCAAAGGUGGCUCGACGAUAAAAUGCAAAUCCAUCAAAAAAGGCGGCGGUUUCCAAUCCAUGGGACUAAACAUGACUCUUCUCAAGGCGAUCACCAGAAAGGGUUUCUCUGUUCCUACACCUAUUCAGAGAAAAACUAUACCUUUAGUGCUUGAUGGGGUGGACGUGGUUGGUAUGGCAAGGACAGGUAGUGGGAAGACUGCGGCGUUCGUCAUACCCAUGGUUGAGAGGUUGAAGACACAUAGCGUUAGGGUUGGGAUGAGGGCGCUUGUACUGUCGCCGAGUAGAGAGUUGGCGCUGCAGACUAUGAAGGUUGUUAAGGAGUUUGGGAGAGGUACGGAUUUGAAGGUUGUGCUGUUGGUUGGAGGGGAUAGUCUAGAAGAGCAGUUUGGGUAUAUGGCUGGGAAUCCGGAUAUUGUUAUUGCGACGCCUGGACGAUUUAUGCACUUGAAAGUUGAGAUGGAACUGGAUCUUAGGUCUGUUCAAUAUGUUGUUUUCGAUGAAGCGGACCGUCUAUUCGAAAUGGGUUUCUCGGCACAAUUGACGGAGAUUUUGCAUUCAUUACCGUCUAAUCGCCAAACGCUACUUUUCUCCGCUACACUUCCGAAUAGCGAGAAGGAGGGCGCUUUAUUACAUCUCUUACAAGAUCGCACACAUCAAUUUCAUGAAACUGCCUCAACUCAUUCCACAAUCGUAUUCGCCGCAACCAAGCAUCACGUGGAGUACCUCGCGCAGUUGAUUUCCCAGGCUGGGUUCCAGGUUUCAUAUGUUUAUGGUACACUCGACCAAGUUGCGCGUAGGAAUCAAGUUGCUCGCUUUCGCACUGGGGAUACAUCAAUAUUGGUCGUUACGGAUGUAGCAGCAAGGGGAAUUGAUAUCCCCCUGUUAUCAAACGUGAUCAACUACGACUUCCCACCGCAGCCAAAGGUUUUCGUGCAUCGUGUUGGAAGAACCGCAAGAGCCGGAAGGCGGGGAUGGGCAUAUAGUUUUGUCAGGGCCGAAGAUGCGCCUUACCUCCUUGAUUUACAGUUAUUCUUGGGAAAGAAGCUUGUCCUUUCAAAGAGCGGUUCCGCAGAGGGCUUUGAUUUUGCUUCUGAUAUUAUUGUUGGGAGUUUGCUCCAGGACUCGGUCGAACGGUGCAUGGAGUGGGUCAACAUGCUCUUAUCGAAAGAUACUGAGCUCGCGAACUUGAAGGGCGUUAGCGCGAAGGGUGAAAAGCUUUACCAGAAGACCAAAACCGCUGCGUCGGUGGAAUCAUUUAAACGUGCCCGGGAGAUCGUUGCACAAAAAGGAUGGUCAACCACUAAUCCGCUGUUCGCGGAUAAUGCCAACAAUGCGGAAGUAGAAAGAGCGAAGAUGCUGACCCGUGUAACCAAUUUCCGGCCCUCAGAAACCAUCUUCGAAAUCGGCCAGCGAGGGUUAAACAAGUCCGCCGCAGCAGCAGUACUGAAAACCCGCCGUGCAAAGAUCAAAAUCAACCCCAGUAAGAGAAGGGGUGGCGCUAACCUCUCGGACGAUGACGAAGACACGAUUGAACCUACUGCUAACGACGGUGACCGCGAUACAGAAGGAAUAGAAGCAAACAUGGACUCAGCUUCAGACGCAGACCUAGAUUCAACCUUCAUAAAGCCCGCUAACCGCCGAGCCAAGAAAAAGGCGAAAAUGAACAACUUCAUAGAUACAGAGCACUACAUGUCAUACGCCCCCAGCACCUCCCUGGCAGAAGACCGUGGAUACAGCGUAUCCUCCUCCUUCGCGGAAGCGGCCAGAAACGCAACCAUGGAUCUGACAAACGACGAUGGCGGGAAGGGCUUCGCAGAAGCCCACAGAGCGAAGGGGACGCGCUGGGACAAGAAAGCAAAAAAGUACGUCCAGCGCGCAAACGAUGAAGACGGGUCCAAAGGCGCAAAAAUGAUCAUCGGCGAAUCGGGCCAGAAAAUCGCCGCUUCUUUCAAGUCUGGCCGCUUCUCCGCGUGGAAGUUGGCUCACAAGGUCGGUAAGCUAGCGCGUGUCGGUGAGAUGGAGGACAGGAGCCGGUUCAGCGGGCCUGGGCGUGGGGGGAAGAUGGGUGGGAGAUUUGGUGGGAGAAUGUUCCAUAAGGGUGUUCAGGCUCCCAAGGCCGCGGAUAAGGCGAGGGAUGACUACCAUGUACGGAAAAAGAGGUUUGAUGAAGCGAAGGAGAAGGGGUUGGUUAAGGGGGCGGUGAAGAGUGAGAUCAAGACUAAGGAGCAGAUUAGGAAAGAGGUGAAGUUGAAGAAUCGGAGGAGGGAGAAGAGCAAUCUGCCGUCAAGGCGGUAG